AUGGAUGGGGUCUCGAACUAUAACGCUUUUUUGGCUGUUCAUAAACCGCAACUUGUCCUUUCGGGAGUACCUGAACAUUACUGGCAUACGCUAUGUAAAAAACUGCAAGACCAGAUUUUUGACUCUGGCUUAGCCUUUCAACUAGUCCAAAUUGAUUACGAAGAUAGCGAAAGACGACCAUAUGACCCUUUAUGGAGUGUAAUGGCAAUAUGCGAUAUAGAUGUCAAUGAUCCGACUCAUAUUUAUCUCAUUGAUCAUGCAUGGACAUUUAAAGUUAACAACAUCAAAGCUAACUUGAGAAAUGUGCCCAGUCUGUUAGAAAGAAUGUGUAAUUUGAUGCAAAUCUCUUGUGAUGGAACUGAAGAGAAAAUUGAAGAAGUUGCAAAGUGUGUAUGGAAAUAUGCAAACACAUAUUCUAUUGCCGGUGAUGAAUUUUCAGUUGAAGAUAGAGUACCUGUUUGGUACAUUAUGGAUGAAUUGGGUUCUGGAAUUACACAUUCCGACAACCCAAAUUUUCGGGCAGUCCCUUUUAUACAUGUGCCUACGCAGAUAACAUUUACCAUUCUCUUCCCUACCAAAGAUAUUGAAGAAGGAGAUACUAUUACAAGGAAUUUUGUAGAAGGUCAAUAUCAAGAUCCUCUGCAAAGAGAGGCAAUGCUCAUUCCAUGGAAAUGCUACGAGCACUUUGAUGAUGAUUUUACUCAGGAAGAACCAAACAGAAAAUAUUUUUUGGAGGGUCACUUGGUUGAAUCACUGCCAGAUUUGAAUAACUUGGAAAACAGAAAUAUUUCAGAUCAACCCUUGAAGGUAUUUUCAGAAUAUAGAAUUAUAAAUGAACAUCUCACAUCAAGUCACUUUGAAAUUGUUGAUAAUGAGAAUGAUGCUGAUAUUUUGUGGUUCACUAGUCAUUUUAAAGCUUUUAAGGAAUUAAGUAUUGAUUUUCCUAAUAAGUUUGUUAACCAAUUUCCAUUUGAAUAUGUUUUCACAGUAAAAGAUUUAUUAGCAAUUGUGGCAAGAAGGUGUUCAGAUAAGAAAGUUAACAUGUCUCAGUUAGGGACAAGCCCAUUAUGGCUACCUACUACAUUUAAUAUGAAAACUGAACUACCAAAAAUGGUUGCUUAUUACAUGCAAAGAAAAAGACUUGGUUUAGAUAAUCACUGGAUCUGUAAACCAUAUAACCUUGCGAGGAGUCUUGACACAUACAUUACUGAUAAUUUAGACUUUCUUUGUCAUUUGCCAUUGACAGGUCCAAAGAUAGCUCAAAAGUAUAUCGAAGCACCUGUGCUCUUUCAAAGACCAGACAUAGGAGCAGUAAAGUUUGAUUUGCGUUAUGUAAUAUUGUUGAAAUCAGUUAAUCCUACAGAAGUCUACAUUUACAACAACUUUUUCUUGAGAUUUGCUAAUAAAGCAUUUGAAUUAUGUGAUUUUGAUGAUUACGAAAAACAUUUUACUGUUAUGAAUUAUGCAGAAGGUGUUUCCUUGUAUAGACUGUUAUGUGAUGACUUUAAGAGGGCGUGGUCUGAACAAUAUGGUGAUUUUAAAUGGAGUGAAGUGGAGAAAUCAAUUUUUGAAAUGUUUAAAGACCUAUUUGAAGCUGCAACUUCUAAGCCCCCACCUUUUGGAAUAGCACAGAGUCCUCAGUCAAGAGCACUUUAUGCAGCUGACAUAAUGCUUUCCUGGCAUGAACACAAUGGAGAGAAAACAAUACAACCCAAGCUUCUGGAAGUCAAUUGGAUGCCAGACUGUAAUAGAGCUUGUGACUACUAUUCAGAUUUUUAUAAUGACAUAUUUUCACUUCUUUUUCUUAAUAAACAAGUAGACACUUGCACACAAAUAAUUUAA